CAGGGAACGUGAAAGCAUCACGGGGCAGAUUCGGAGAGGUUUUGCUUCUGACCGUAGGUAGCAGUCCAGCUAACUUUCUAGCUAAUUAUGCCCGGAAAAUGUAAAUUCCAAGACUCCUGGCUCCAAAAGGACGCUUUUAAGGAUUGGCUGGUUAAGGAUGCCGGUGACAUCCACUUCGCUCGAUGCAGGGCCUGUUGUAAAUCAAUCAAACUUCAGACCAUGGGCGAGGCUGCUCUCACCAGCCACGCAGGGGGAGCUGGCCACAAAGCAGCAAUCCGCAAGCUGCUGGAAGGCAAAUUAAUAAGUGACACUGGGCAGAUACAUGGCAGCGUAAAUCAGGCAGAGAACGGCAAUGAGCAAAUCGCCAUCUGCCUCCAGCGUGACGCUUUGGAGAGAAUAACUGGCAGCAACUGGUCCGACCUGCACCCGAGCACCACCACAAACUCCACCUCCCACAAUGCAACACUUCCUACAGCAUAUUUCACAGCACCAGGCACUUCCAGGCUGAGUAACCAGCGUCUCCACCUGUCAGACUCGGAGAAAGAGGACCCUGGCCACCACCUGGCCCUGCACGACACCUUGGACCUGUCGAGGCUGGAGCACCAGCAGAGGGCGGACGCUCUGGAGGAGCAGCAGCAGAUGAAGAUUCUGGAGUGGGAGAACCGGAUGAAGGUGCUCGCCUGGGAGCAGGACCUGAUGAGGGAGAAAACGAAGGCGGCCCGGCAGAAACACAAAGCUCUCAGGAUGAAGAAGAUUUACUACAGGGCCAAGUUGAAAAAGCUGGGUGAAGACGUGCCACCUUCCUCUGCUAGCAGCGGCGACGACGAAGAAGACAAACCUGAUCUGACUGGCUGAUCUGGUUGAACACUUUAAAUACUCGGCUUACGAUUUUAUUAUUUCGUCCAUGUGACGUGAAACUGUGAUUGCUGAAUUACUCCUGAAUGAACAAAACUUAGUGUCUGUUCAGAAGGACCACAGUUCUGUUAGAACACUCUCCAACACUA